AUGGACCAGACGCAGCGGCUGCCCGAAGACGUGCUCGCGGACGUCCUCCGCUGUCUUCCACCGCGCAGUCUUGCUGCAGCCCGCUGCGUGUGCCGCUCCUGGCACGCCAUCGUCGACGCUCAUCGUCUCCUGGACCGGGACCUCCUCCCGCUCUCCUUGGCCGGCUUCCUCAUCAACUUCUGUGAGCUUGACUUCACGGAGUUCUUCUUCCACCCCUCAGCAAUCCGCCGCUAUGCCGACCUCCACUUCAUGCCCACGGACGACAUCUCUGUGGAGGACGUAUGCAACGGCCUAGUUUUGCUAGAUCAUUAUGUGGUCAAUCCCGCCACACGACGUUGGGCAAGCCUGCCACCACGCCCAUCUCCUCCCUUGGGGUUUGAGCUCUUUUAUUAUGAACGAAACUACAUCGUGUUUGAUCCCACGGUGUCGCCGCACUACCAAGUGCUUAGGUUCCUACAUGUACCCCCCCGUGGGCGUGGACUGGAUGCAGAGACGAAGCAACAGCAAUGGCCUCCGUCUCCAUACAUGAUGCAUGUUUUCUCUUCAGAAACAACAAGGUGGGAAGAGAGAUCGUUCAUCCGACAGGGAGAUGCCCUGGGGACUCUUGCCGACAUGUUACUGCCUCCGCUGCCAAUGCCAGAUGAACUAUACGCUGUGUACUGGCAUGGUGAAAUCUAUGUGCACUGUCAUUUUGUUAUGAGAAUAUCGUUAUCAAGUGGCACGUACCAAGCAAUUAAACUGCCAACAGAUGUUGAUCAGCACCGGUGGGCACAGGUUCUUCUUGGAAGAUCAGAGAAGGGGGUGUAUUUUGCAACACUUGAUGGUCAAUGUCAGCUUCGAGUUUGGAUACUCACUGAAUUAUCCUGCGGUCAGAGUGAGUGGCUUCUGAAGCAUGAUAACAACCUUCACCAAAUCCCACCACCUCAAAACUAUGAUCCACAAGUUCACAGGCCCUGCUGGAUUAUGGCAGACAUCAAUCCAGCUAUUUACAGUACAGUAAAAGACAAGUUGGAGUUGAAUUCAGACCAUGGGAUCAUCUUUGAAACUAGACUUGAAGGGCACAGGUGGGAUGAACAUAUUAAGAUCCUUGGAUUUCAUCCUUACAAAGAAAUUAUUUAUUUCAGUGAAACGUUGAACAGAGGAUAUGCCUAUCAUCUAGAUGAACUCAAGCUAGAAGACUUGGGCAACAUGCGCCCAAAAAGAUUGAAUGACUGCUAUAAUAAGGAACUAGAAAGAUCUAUUCCAUAUACACCUUGUUUGUUGGGCCCGUAA